AAAGGAACUUUGACGCAAUUUGCAAAUGGCCGUGAAAAGGAUUGAGCUCGAGGGUGUAUGAAACAUUAAAUGUUGGAAAAGUCCGUGACAAAAACUUGUGAAUAACUCCUGGAUUAGUGUAGUGUUGUUGUAAUAUACAAAAUGUGCCAAAAGGAUAGAAUCCAGUCUUAAUAGUGGUUUUAGGAAACGCCUGAAAACCACUGGUGGAUUUAAAGAAAAGUGAACUGCUGACUGUGGGGCUGGUGCAGUGCAUUGGAGGCAGCAAUAGUGACCGGUAGUCAAGACAGGUUUCAAAGCUGCGCGGCACGAUGAAUGAAUUAGACAGCCUACGUCAGGAGGCAGAAACCCUCAAAAAUGCCAUACGGGAUGCACGCAAGGCUGCCUGCGACACGUCGCUCGCACAGGCGACGGCAAACUUGGAGCCGAUCGGGAGGAUCCAGAUGCGCACGCGUCGAACGUUGCGCGGACACCUCGCCAAGAUCUACGCCAUGCAUUGGGGCAGCGACUCCAGAAACCUUGUAUCCGCCAGCCAGGACGGCAAACUGAUAGUGUGGGACAGCCACACGACGAACAAGGUGCACGCGAUACCUCUGCGCUCGUCCUGGGUAAUGACGUGCGCGUACGCACCCUCCGGCUCUUAUGUCGCUUGUGGUGGACUCGAUAACAUCUGCUCGAUUUAUAGCCUUAAAACUCGCGAAGGCAACGUGCGCGUGUCCCGUGAGCUACCAGGCCACUCGGGGUACCUGUCCUGCUGCCGCUUCCUCGAUGACAACCAGAUCCUCACCAGCUCUGGAGAUAUGACCUGCGCCCUCUGGGACAUCGAGACCGGCCAGCAGUGCGGUCAAUUUACGGGCCACACGGGCGAUGUGAUGUCUCUUUCACUCGCACCUGAUCAACGUACUUUUGUCUCGGGCGCUUGCGAUGCGUCCGCUAAGCUGUGGGACAUCCGGGACUGUCAGUGCAAGCAGACCUUCCCGGGACACGAGAGCGACAUUAACGCUGUCACUUUCUUCCCAUCUGGCUUCGCAUUCGCGACCGGCUCUGACGACGCCACGUGCCGUAUGUUCGACAUCCGCGCUGACCAGGAGUUGGCGAUGUACUCUCACGACAACAUCAUCUGCGGAAUCACGUCCGUUGCAUUCUCCAAGUCUGGUCGCCUGCUGUUGGCCGGAUAUGAUGAUUUCAACUGCAACGUGUGGGAUUCUAUGAAGAGCGAGCGUGCCGGUAUCCUUGCCGGCCACGACAACCGUGUUUCCUGUCUGGGCGUCACCGAGAACGGCAUGGCCGUAGCCACCGGAUCGUGGGAUUCGUUCCUUCGCAUCUGGAACUAGAUCCACCCGUAAUCCCCUUUGCACCCCAAACAUCCCCUAAGGUUAGACCAAACAAGCGAUCUCAUGGAAAACAAAAAUCACGCUUUAAAACAAAAUAAAUCCAAAUUUACGCUUUAAAACCAGAAGUUAAUAUAAAAUUUGAUUUCCGAAAACUGGGCUAAUCUAAUUGUUUUCCAAUGCUCGUUUGGCCUAUGCCUCCACGCACCCCUUACUUAAAAUAAUGUCACUAUUCCACUGACAAUUGACAUCUAAGAUGGCGGCCAAUUCUAAAUGGCGAUGGUUUUCACUUGCAAAUAUGUCGAACAAAUUCGAUAUUUUUGCUAGUGAAAACCGAGCUUUGGGGUGUGUGUAACCCUGUGAAGAUUAAAGACAGGGAAUUACGCACUUUGCUUUAUUUAUUUUGUAUACAUAGAUGAUAUCUUAACAAAAUGAAAGCAUUUAACUACUGGUGGGUAGUGAUGAGUAUGUCUGCACUGUUUAUAUAUUUAUGUAAUAAUAUAAUUGUUAGCGUAGCCUUUUGGAGCCAGUCUGAAGACGGCGAACGCUGCCGCUUUAUUUUCCUUCAAAUCGAUAUAAUUUCAUCGCACUACAGUUUAAAAGUUAAUUGUAAUCGAAAGUGAAAUCCUAAAGAACCAAAUAUUAAUUAUAUUAAUGUAACAAUGUAAUUUAUUGAAUGAGAAUUUCCUUUUUUAUCAUCGCUAUCUGAUUUAAAUAUAAAAUUGUGCUAAUUUAUGAUUUGUCGUGUUGUACUGCUAAGAUAUGUGUACGACUAGAUUUUGAUUUGUUCAUAAGUUCACAACGCCAAACUGUCAAUGUCAGAUGUUUUAUUUCAUUUCUGUAACAGAAUAUAUUAGUCUGGAGCGAACAAUUUGCACGAUCACGAAAACGUUGAGAUUGUUAUAAAGAUCUCUUAUUGACGAUGGUACAUAUUUCUAUAAACAAUUUUUAAUUUAUUAUAAAAAAAACUUGUACACGAAACUGAAUUGGCUUUGUAUCACAGAAUAACGUGAAGUUUCCCCUUUCAUUACGAUUUGAAUUCACCGAAAGCCGACAUAUUAUCUGUAUUGAUGCAUACGUUAGCACAUUUCACCGAAGUACUUACGAAAACAAGACAUCAGUACAAUCGUCAAAUUUCAUCCCUCGGGGCUGGCAACACCAUCGCACAUCCCAAGUUCAUUUUCCUAGAUUAAGCUACUUUUAGGAAAUAAGGGUUUAAAAUAUUAAGGCAUUUGUAACUUCAACAUUCUGUGUUGCUAUUUAUUAAAAAACUCAUAUUUUCGUGGUCUACAGUUUCGGUGAGUAAUGUAACCUUUUUGUGGCAGUAUUGUAUUUUUUAAUUAAGCACAAAGGUUUUAUUAUGACGGCUUCUUUGUUUCGCCGAUGGAUGGUUGUCGCGCUAUUUUUUUUUAACUUAAGCCUUCGUCUUAGAUAGGUUACAAUAUAAUAUGUAGGUGUUUAUAUAUAAGGCAGACGCGAUAAUGAACAAUCCUCAAUGACUUUGGAAUCUUGCUUUUAUAUGGACGGCACAAAAACUGAUACUUAUAUAGUUUUAAAUUCAUGCUCAAUACAUCGUUCGCACAAAUCGACGCAUAAAUGUGAACUCAACACGACAUUAGUGAUUUUUAAAUGUUUACAGUCGCAAUUUUGUAAUAUACGGGCAACAGGCAUAUCAGUACCUCCGAGAUACUUUGAUCGCACAAGUUUAGUUUGGGUUCGACCCUUGUCAUUGAGCAAACUUCACACGCAUCUUUAUAUAAGAGUGUUUCGCAUUGUGAGUGUUGCGUUAUCUGUUCAAAGUUGACAGCUGUCAAAAUUUGGCGGGAUCCCCCGCGGUUGAGGCACCGGUCACAUUGGACAGAUAAACAAUUUGGCAAAUGGAAUAGCUACGGUCUGCUAGAUGUACGCCUAGGAUAUAAGACUUUUUUAAAAAUAAAAGUUGUUUUCUACUGUAACGGCUUCUUUUCAGAUCGGUGUACUAUAACAUACGGUUUUGCAUUAUGUAUAAUAUAUUAUAAUUAAUAUGGUAUGAUAUUUAAUGAAUAGUUUGAUGAUGGCUCCUAUUUGGUUUAUAUUUUGUAUUCAGACCAAUUUUUCUCACUUUUACAUGGACUGCCAUAUAUACCUAUAACUUAUUGUAAUCCUUACAUAUAUAGGAAGGGAUGGUAAUUGAUUAAUUGUUAACAGAAUUAAGUAAUUGUUGAAUAUUAAAGGG